CAAUAAUAGAUUUGUCUCAAUCACCUGCGUGGUGGUCGGGCUAAUAACGGGAUGUUUUGUGUGACCAAAAUUCCUGGUUAGCAGUUCAACGAACUGGGAAUUCUUGUCAUCCUCACGGCAUCUCCAAUUCUCCAUCGCUCUUAAUUGCAUCUAACAGCGUUCCGUGGCAGUUGAGCGUUGACAUAAAAUGACAGCUAAAGCAUUAACUUAUCACAACUCCGGGAUCUGCUUACCCACGCACCCGAUUUCGUAUUUCAUUGCAGAUAUAAAACUCCCGAUUGGCGCUUCUCCUUUUUCUCUGCUCAUCUCAACUAAGCUGCCGUUCCAAGCAAGCUUUCUUCAAUGGCGGGUGGAGUGUUUUCGGGCUUGAGACGCGCGUACCUCGCUCUUUACAAUUGGGCCGUCUUCAUCGGAUGGUUUCAGGUGUUUUAUCUUUCUGUGAAGACUCUGAAAGAGUCUGGGCACGAAAAUGUCUACCGAGCCGUAGAAAAGCCUCUGCUUCUAGCUCAAACUGCCGCGAUAUUGGAGAUACUUCAUGGCUUAGUCGGACUGGUGAGAUCUCCAAUUUCAGCAACAUUGCCGCAGAUAGGCUCGAGAAUAUAUGUUACUUGGGGGAUUUUGUAUAGCUUCCCUCAGGUCCAGACCCAUGCCUUCGUUAGUUCUCUUGUCAUUAGCUGGUCUAUUACCGAGAUUAUCCGAUAUUCAUUCUUCGGCAUAAAGGAGGCAUUUGGAUUUGCUCCUUCAUGGUUGUUGUGGCUUAGGUAUAGCACCUUCAUCUUGUUGUAUCCAAGUGGCAUCACAAGUGAAGUUGGUUUAAUUUACAAAGCCCUUCCUUACAUUAAGGAAUCUGGAAAGUAUUCCUUAUGGAUGCCAAACAAAUUAAACUUUUCAUUUGACUACUACUACAUGGCAUUUGUUGUCAUUGCCAUCUAUGCUCCAGGCAGCCCUCACAUGUACGGUUAUAUGCUUGGGCAAAGGAAGAAAGCACUUCGUAAAACAAAGCAUGCAUAACUUGUCCUACUCUUGAUUUUGUGUCACAAUGUGGUCUCUUGGAGUGUUUAUGUGGAUGGUUAGAGAUGGACUGUAACUCACCUCUGAUUUAUCUUAAAAUAUUUGUAGUAUCUCAAAAAACGUUGGCGAGAUAAUUGGUUUCAUUUUCAUGAGGAUAAAAUGGAAAUUUAUAUCCUACACCCGGGUGUAUGUGUACACCCGGUUAUUUUGUAAUUUUUAGCAACUUUAAGCCUUUGCUCUCUAAUCUUCCUUCUCGUUGAAUGACUUGAA